AGAAGAUUGUUGCCAGGUCACGGCGCAUCGCACCUAUCCUCCUGUAUUAUCUGACGCUCUUCUGCUCGUUUUAUGACAGCAAGCCGCUAUUAAAGCAUGUCUACUCCGGCGAGACGGCGGCUCAUGAGAGACUUUAAGAGACUUCAAGAAGAUCCUCCAACUGGUGUGAGUGGUGCUCCUUCAGAAAACAACAUCAUGCUGUGGAACGCUGUGAUCUUUGGGCCUGUAGGAACUCCUUUUGAAGACGGAACAUUUAAGCUGGUCAUUGAGUUUUCAGAAGAAUAUCCCAACAAGCCUCCUACGGUUCGCUUCAUCUCCAAAAUGUUUCACCCAAACGUCUAUGCAGAUGGCAGCAUAUGUUUAGACAUUCUUCAGAAUCGCUGGAGUCCCACGUAUGACGUCUCCUCCAUUCUGACAUCCAUCCAGUCUCUAUUAGACGAGCCCAAUCCAAACAGCCCAGCCAACAGUCAAGCAGCUCAGCUCUAUCAGGAGAACAAACGUGAAUAUGAGAAGAGAGUGUCUGCCAUCGUGGAGCAGAGCUGGGUCGACUCGUAACGCAACUACACACUAUGAAA